AUGGCCAAGUUGGCAAGGCACCUCACUAGUAAUGAGGAGAUCGUCAGUUCGAAUCUGGCUGAAGGCAGUUGUUUUUUUCCUUUGCCUAUAUCUGAUAUACACAGAAUAUGA